AUGAAGGAUCGCUUCCGCAUCUAUCGCGAUGUGAUCGCCUUCUGGAUCUUGGGGCUUUUGAACAACUUCCUCUACGUCACCAUGAACGCUGGGGCUGAGAACAUCAACGAGGCGGGGAUUGCCUUGGUUUACCUCGCGAACAUCCUGCCGACGCUUUUGGUGAAACUCACAGGGCCUUAUUGGUUCCACUACGUGAGUUACAGGUGCCGCAUGAACUUCAUCGCCAUUCUGAUGGUCUUUUGCCUUUGCAUCGUGGCCUGGGGCGACAGCACCAGCAUCAAACUCCUUGGAGUGGCGAUCUGCUCCUUGGCCUCGGGCGUUGGUGAGGCCAGCUUAUUGGCCAUGGCAAGCUUUUAUGAAACAAAGCCCUGCUUGGCUGCCUGGUCUUCGGGCACUGGCUUCGCUGGCAUUGCUGGGUAUGCCUGGUCCCUGGCAUUCGACGCCAUGAACACCUGCUUCCAGGUGCAACUCAUGGUGGCCCUUUGGAUCCCCAUCGCCUGGUAUUUCACCUUUUUCUACCUGCUUGGUCCGCCUUGGAUUGACAAGGAGCGUGGUGCUGAGGAACUGGCCUGCGGCGAAAGCGAGGAAGAGGUGGUCUCCAGCUCCGAGUCCGUGUCCUCGAACGCCUCCAGCGAGCAUAGCGCCUCGGAGGUCAUCACUGGGCAGCUCAGCGCCAAGGAACGGUUCUGCUUCAUUGCGGGGCUUUGGCCCUACAUGGUGCCACUCUUUCUGGUCUAUGCGGCCGAGUACACGAUCCAAGCUGGCUUUUGGGCGGCUAUGGGCUUCCCCGUCACGAACCGAUCUUCGCGCCAUGCGUGGUACAAGUGGGCCAAUUUCACGUAUCAGAUCGGCGUUUUCAUCUCCAGGUCCUCCUUCGUGCUGAUUUGCAAGAGUCGGAAAAUCUUGUGGUUGGGUGGCAUUCUUCAGGUCAUCAUGGUGGGCUUCUUUGGUGCAGCCGCCACGUUGAUGCAACAAAGAUCUCCCAUUCAAGGCCUGACAACCUCCAAAAACUGUGGAUCCAAUGCUCUUUCUGAACCCCCCCCUAACAGGACGUGCCUGACACGGUUCGGUUAUAUAUCUUUCACCGGCCAGGACACCCUUUGGAGAUUGGUGGCUUAUCGCGCCGGCCUUGUUCGUGGGUUUCUUGGGUGGAGGUGUCUAUGUGGGCGCUUUCACCUUGAUCUCCCAGGAGCAAGACCCAGCCUUCGUGGAGUUGGCACUCUCCAGUGCUUCAGUGGCCGAUACCUUCGGCAUCAUCACAGCAAAUAUCUUGGGCUUGAUCGUGCAGGGCUGCGUUUUUGGGCAGAUGAAGGUCUUGGACACACGACCUGACUUCACCUGUGGCUAUGAGAUUUGGGCACACAUGAACCGAACUGCGGCAGCUGCGCCCGUCUACAAAGCUCAUUGCUUUCCGGGCGUGAAAGGAUGAGGGCUGCAGAUGGCCCGUCCACUCGAUUGAAUUGCCUGUGAUUUGUUCCUUUAGUGAGUCAUCCAGGAGCCUGUCAGUAGGUGGUCU